ACAUCCUCCCGUACGACCAACUCCAUCUGUUCCUAGACCUUUGCCGUCCCAAGAAGCGUCACCGUCGGGCGAGCAACCCGGCCGAAUGGGUCCUCCACCUCCGCCUGAAUCUAGGGAUCGUUACGGAUAUAGAAACGAGCAGCGAGGUGCAUCAUAUCAUCACAAUAGUAAUAGCAGUAGCAGUAGACGGCCGGGUUCGAAUCGUGGCCACGACAACCGCGACCGGGACCGGGGACUGGACAGGAUCGAGCGGGACCGGGAACGGCUACACGCUCGAGAGCGGGACAUGCUGCACUACGACAUCAACGACGACGACCUGCUGAACGAGCGCAACUACGGCCCGUCGGACUACGGCGGUGAUCGGGACCGGGGAGGAGGAGGCGGAGGGAUGAUACGGGGCGACAGUCGGGACAUACGGGAUCUGCGGGAACGGGACGGCCGGGUGCACAUCUCGAGUGGGGUGAGCGUGGGCGUGGCCAGCAGUAGUAACAGCAACCGACACACCCUGAACGCCGACAUGCUCGACCACGACCGCGAGCUGAUACGAGGGGGCGGCGGCGGGGACGUGCUGGUGAGGGGGGAACUGGUGCGGGGAGACCCACGGGAUCCGCGCUAUCCGAUCGCACAGCCACAGCAGCUGGUGGCGCCACCGUCGUCGCAGUCGGUCCGCCGGGCGGAGAUGGCCGCCGCCAGGGAGCGGGGAGCGUCCGAUGGGCGGGACCGCGACGACUACAGCCCUCACCGGGGAGGCGGUAAUAAUAGAAGAGUAUUGAAUGCCAUGUAGGAAUCGUGGAUAUAGGGAUGGGAUCAGGAUGAGGAAUCGGUGGACGAGGAAAAGCUCGUCCCGGACAGCGAGGAGGACGACGGCUUCGAGUACGACGAGUUCUACUGAGCGGUGCCGGUUGUCAAACACAUUGCGAGCCACCGAACUUGCCGGAUCCCAGCCUAAAACUUCUCUGUAAUUCUCAUGCAAAUCCUUUCGUAGCGUUUAACCAACCCAUCCCCAAAUACCCACUACAACUUCGGUGUUUUUUCACAGCUGGUACAAAUGUAUUUACCUCCAGUCACAACUAGACCACAUCUCACUUCAAACUGAUUCUAUUGUCUGACACUUGGUUGAGCGACAGCACGCGAUCCUGUCAGUUUGACAUUUUCCAAAACCAUCCUGAAGGGCACCCGCGCAUUCGGUAAGUCCAAAAAGGCACAACACAUCAACAACAGCGCUGCAAUGACAACAACCGUUAACAGUACAAUUCGUCGACUCGCACAAACAACAACAAAAACAUUCGGAAAGCGAACGAGAGUAUUAGUGAACAAACUGUGUAAAAUAUAGUAGCGAAGAGUACACACACACAAAGAAAGCCCACUCAACACAAACAAACAACGUCACACAAAAACACGUACACUCAGAGGAAACCAACCUAAGCAACAAUCACUAGCGAGAGAGAGACAAAACAACAACAACAACAACAAACACACCACACACUUAGAAGAGAGAGCCAGAGAAACACUAGGUGAGCGCAAGCGAGAGAGAGAACGAGUGAAAGAUAAAUUGCCGUCGUUCGUGAAUCAUCCUGAUCCAUUCCUAUUGUAAAAAAUGAAAAUACUCAUUUCUAUAUAAUACCGCUUUCAUCAUUUUUGAAAAAAAAAACAAGCAACAAGUGUCCAAACUCUUCCGUUCUAUUGUGUUUCGGUUUCGACCUUUUUCUUCGGUUUUGCUUGCAACGCACGCAUACUGCCACACACACACACACACGAUUUCGGUUUCGGUUUGCUCACUUUGCUGUGCGAUAGUGAAAGAGUGUGAGAGAGGGAGAGAGGGUAACCGUUUUCCCCUCACCACCACCACCACCUUUAUGUUGGCUUGUUCUGUGGUUAUCGGUUUGUCUGCUGCAAUUGUUUUCGUUUGCUGGCUACGUCUACGUUUUUAUUUGCCAAACUCGAUGAUUUCGAAAAGACUGUUUGCAGAUGUUUUUUAUGUCAUCAUUUUAUUAAUUUGUUGCUGUUGUUAGUUCGUGCAAUUAAUCUACCUAAUUCUCUUCCAUUUUUUUUUCUUAGCAUGUAAGUUUAAGCUGAUUCUGGUCAGUUACUUUAAAAGAUUUUUAGGAGUUUUUUCAGUUCAAUCAGAUUUUUUUGCUCGGUUAUUUUCCAAUUGUUACUUUUUCUUUACCUUUUCCGUUAACUGGCAGUUGCUUAGUUUAGUAUCGAUGGACGAAAAAUGAUGAAGAACAUUUAUAUAGAAAUAGGUGUAUAUUAAACUAGACAUUAAAUUUAUUAAAAUUCGAAAAUUUAAUAAAAUCGUAGGUAAGAAAGCAUGCACUUGAAGUUUCUUACAUCAGUUCCAUAUUUAUUAACAGCAAACAAACAAAAUCUUGAAGCCCAUCAUGUUAAGAACUUUUUAGGACUUUGCUUCUUUAUUUAACUAGUUUAAUUAUAGCCUUACCAUGGUAUCCAAUGAUAUUGAUCCGGUUAAGUUUUGCAUUGAAAAAAAGAAGUAAUCGGAGAACGAACAUUUUUGAUACGAGGGAAAAAAUCACGCCGAAUGUGGAUCAUUUACAGUCAACUCCUGGAAAACAAAAAAAAAUACUACUGCCGAAACGUUGGCAGUCAGCUUAUCACAGCAUAAACAAAAAGAACAAAUACACACAAAGUAAACGAAAACUCUACUAAGCCACUUAUUUUUAAAAUCGAAAAUCAAGCCCCGAAAAAAACAAAGCAGAUGGAAACUCAACUUUUAAUUGUGCCAAAUCAAUAGGAUUAUCGUUAAUGAGAGAGAAAGAGAGGAAAAACACAUAACAAUGACAGAGAUGCGAACACCCUAAACCGAAUUAUAGUUUGUUUGAAAAUCCACUUCAGCGUGAUGCGAAAAUAAAACGUUAUUUUUAUAUUCUCCAAGCUGGCACCGACUGGCGACUUUCGAUUUCGCCAUUUUUCAUUACAAAACAAAACACUAGAUUACGUUAACUUAGUAAAUUAAACAUUUUACCGUUUCUCUUGAAAAGCUCCAGCUGCAAAAUAAAAUGCAUAUAAAUAAUGAAAGCUUUAAAUUUAAAUUUAGGUAACAAAGAAAUGCAAAUGAAUUAAUGACAAACACACACAGAGACACAAAGCAAAAAAAGAAGAAAAAAUCGCGUUACUGAGUGAAGUUCGUACGAAAGAUAAUUUUUUGUAAAAAAAAAAUAAUUAAAACAGCAAAAAACAUUGUAUAUUUGAAAUAUGAGCAACAAGCAUCUACUUAGGAAGUCCAGUUUUGCGAAUCAUUUCCCGCAGUGAUUCCAGCGUUUAUCCUUAACAAAAGAAGAAAACUGAAAACAUAAGAGCUUGAACUUUAAUCUUUCCGUUCAAAAUUUGGAAUCAUCACAACACACACAAAAAAAACAGAAGCGAAACAUCAAAACGGGCUCAAAGAUCAUAACAAAAUAGCUAAACUCAUUGACUAAUCGUACUACACAAUUCUGAGACGAGAGCAAAACAAGUCGGUAGGGGUUUAAAUACAACAAUAUACGUUUACCUGAUGUUAAGGUUUCGACUUUGAGCAAGCCACGCUUAAAUCGCGCUUACGCAGUUGCACUACCACUUCUCUAAACUAAAAAAAAGAAAACAAACUAAAGUAAAAAGUCCUCAGUUUUCCGCGUCGCAGCUACUUUCCUCAACUUAUAUCCAAAGAAAAACAAAACCCUCGCUGACCUUCCCUCGCCGUUGACCUACACUCAAACUCUCGGCAAAAUAGAACAAAAACAACAAUCAUCCAACACUCUUGAGCACACACUCACCCACUCAUACACAUACAAACACCCACACGCAGACAGAGACGCAACGCCACUCACUCACUCACCAUGCAGCUACAGAGAGAGCGCGAGCGCAAAGACACACACACACAUUAAAUAGACUAUUGAAAAUUGAAUGGAAGAAACAACACAAGCAUAGAAAAUAUUAACAAAAAAAA